AUGGCCGACGAGACCAACCAAGCAAUCAUGGAGCCGAGAAUCGCUCACCCACUUCACCAAAUAGCGUCGACACCAAGCCACAAGCUCCUCCUGAAGCAAUGGCUCAAAGAAGAGGAGCUAAUCCUCAACCGGCUCUCCCUCAAAGAAACCCAAAUCGAUUCCGUCCGCAAAGAAAUCACAACCCUCUUCAUUUUCUUCUUCCUCUUCCACUCCAUCUCCCUCAUCCUCCUCUUCAACUCCUCCUCCACUGAUCGACACGCCCUCGCUUGCCGCCGCUCUUGGAUCCCCUCGCUCUGUUCUCUCUGCUUCUCUCUCGGGAUCAUCUGGGCAAUUCGGUACAAGACCGACACCGAGGGGCAUCUGGAGAAGCUGAUGGAAAGGGAGAAGGAGGACCGGAAGCUUCUCGGGAAGUGUAUCGAGGAGUUGAAGAAGAAGGGGCUGGAGUUUGAUCUGUUGAAGGAGGUGGAUGCGCUUAGGAGGGCCAAGAGUAUGAGGGUGGAUGCCAAAGUGGUGAAAAAGUGGUCUGCUAGGGACUUUGUGACUCUGUUUUUCUUUGCUGUUUCUUGCUUUGUGCUUGCUAUUACAAGGGUUAUCUUGUGCAAUUAGAGUUUUGGGGAUUGGAUCGGUUGAUUAUCGGAUUCGUUAUAUGGUUCGGGGUAGAUGGGGAAGCAACUGCAGAAUGUUUUGUUCUGCUUUUUGUAUUUUGGGGGGAUUUUGACAUGACUAUUUAAUGAAUUUGGAUUUACUGCUUGGGUAGGCCAGCAGAUGUAACUCAUAAGUUGAUGUAUUUGGUCUGAAUGGUCUCGUUGAUUCAUUUGUAAUCUUAAUGCAAUUGAUCGGAAUUUGGUUUACU